AUGCCAUUGAUGGGAGUGACGUUUCUGAUCUUAAUGGUCUUCACAAUUGCGACAACGCUUAGAAAAGAUCCGGUGAAAAGCAACCCGCUGGAGGCAUUCCUUGGAGUUAUUUGUCCAAUUCUUUCACUGGUCGCUUCAUUUGGAAACUUAUUCUGGGUAUUUUCUGAACACAAUUCUAUAUUAUUUAAUUCCAUGCUAUUGAUUCAGCUCGGCUUUGAAUUCUUGCCGAUUGUUACUGUUGUGCCAUUCUUAAUACUCGCUAUAGGCGUAGACGACGUUUUCAUUUUUAUCCAUGCGUUUCACCUAACCAACGACAGGCUCUCUGUCAGGGAGCGAAUAGCUGAAACACUUGCCGAUGCAGGUCCCUCUAUCUCAAUUACAUCUCUUACUAAUCUACUUUCAUUUGGUAUUGGAAUUUCUACGAAUACGCCAGCCAUUUAUACGUUUUGCGUAUUCAUCUCAGUCGCUGUUAUCUAUGAUUAUCUCUAUCAAAUCUUCUUUUUCUCUGCUGUUCUAACACUUGGAGGGCAACGUGAGGCAAGAAGAGGAAAUGCGUACUUAUGCUGUUUAACAGUACCACCAAAAUCUAAGACAGACAAAAAAGAGAAACCGCAUAGGAUUGUCCGCUUGGUAUCAAAAUUGCUUGAUUUGAUUCUGGAUACUUGGGUCGAUUUCAGUUUGUCGAUUUGGAGCAAAUUCAUCGUAGGAGGUUUGUCUGCAAAAGUUUUAUAAUU